GCAGAAAUGAAUAUAAUGUUGGGAUUUCAGAUUGAGAUGAUGAUGAGAAUUUUCUUGCUGCAAUAAACCCUCUUCUCCACAUUUUCUUUAACACAAUUCACAGUUCACUCAAGCUAAACUUGUUUUAUAAGCAGGGAUAGAUAAAAAUAGUCACAACCCAAGUGACUUGCACUUGAUGGCCAUGGAAAUGGAAGCUCCAUCGCAAGUAGUAGUGGAGGAAUGGAAUGGAACGGCGUCGUCUAAGCUCUCGAAAACAGCUACUAUCACAGCCGUCUCUUCUACUCAAUUUACCAUAAGCAGACAUGGGUCUCGAUUUAAUCAUGUUUCUAACAGGUUUAUUCAAGCUUUUGUCCCUGAGGGUUUUCCGAGCAGUGUGACACCUGAUUAUGUGCCUUUUCAAGUUUGGGACUUGUUACAGGGUCUUUCAACUUAUGUGAGGAUGAUGCUUUCCACACAAGCUCUUUUGAGCGCCAUUGGAGUUGGUGAAAAAACUGCUACUGUGAUUGGGGCCACGUUUCAGUGGUUUUUAAGAGAUUUAAGUGGAAUGCUUGGAGGUAUCUUAUUCACAUUCUAUCAGGGUUCUAACUUGGAUAGCAAUGCCAAGAUGUGGCGUUUGGUCGCAGAUCUCAUGAAUGACCUUGGAAUGUUGAUGGAUCUUGUUUCUCCUCUGUUUCCUUCAGCUUUUGUUUUCAUAGUCUGCAUAGGGAGCUUAUCGAGAUCAUUCACUGGUGUUGCGAGUGGAGCAACUCGGGCUGCUUUGACACAGCAUUUUGCCCUGCAGAACAAUGCAGCAGAUAUAUCUGCCAAGGAAGGAAGCCAAGAGACGGUUGCGACGAUGAUUGGGAUGGCUUUAGGAAUGCUCCUUGCCCACAUUACAAUGGGACACUCAGUAGCUAUCUGGUUUUCUUUUUUGUCUCUUACUGUGUUCCAUAUGUAUGCAAACUACAAGGCCGUCAGGUGCCUGUCGCUAACUACAUUAAAUUGUGAAAGAGGCUCAAUUCUUCUACUCCAUUAUAUGGAGACUGGGCAAAUUCUUUCUCCAAAGCAGGUAUCAAUCACAGAGCACAUUUUACCACUAUGGAUCACCUCGUGGAAAUCAACCAAAACUACCUAUUUAUACAGGCGGGUAUACUUGGGUGCCAGGAUCUCCUCUUUCAAUGGCCUUGAAUUGCAAGAGAUUAUACAAGCAGCUGGGUCACAUUACAAGAAUGCCAAAUACUUGCUGCAUGAAAAGAAAGGAUUCAUCAGAGUUAUCAUGCAUAAAGACUCAACCGCUGGAGAUGUCUUGCAGGCAUACAUUCAUGCACUUGUCAUGGCAGAUCUUCUUGACAUGAAAAGCUCUGUCCACUUAGAAAGUCAGUCAUGGAUGGAUAGGCACUACAAAGUGUUUUCAUUGAAGCUACAAUCAUCAGGCUGGAAAUCAGAGCGUCUUCUGACACCAUCGAUUAUCUGGAGAGCAAACUGGAGACAUGAUACUUUGAAUAGAAAGGUUGACUGAAAAUUUUGUGCCAGACACAGUCCAGACUCUAGCUUCUGCCAUCUCUAUGGAAUUAGAAGCUGAUCUAAUAGAUGUACAAAGAAGCUGGAGAUUCUCGAAUCUCGUAUGCUUCAUGUAAAAUUUCGUUGGAGACAAAAAGUAGAGGAGAAAUAUAAAUUUUGGAGAUGGGGAGACACUGUAACCGACUUUGUAAGGUCAUGCUUGAUUAAAGAACAAGGAGUGUGAUAGAUAAAUGAGUAAUAAUCAGUAACAAAAGUAAAA